AUGGUUACGUUCAUAUCUCACGCUUUAUUCUUCUUCUUACGUUCAUAUCACACGAUUUAUUCUUCUUCUUACGUUCAUAUCACACGUUUUAUUCUUCUUUUACGUUCAUAUAAUACAAUUUAUUCUUCUUACGUUCAUAUCACGCGCUUGGUACUUCCUACUUUCAUAUCAUACGAGUUAUUCUUCUUUGACGUUCAUAUCACACGUUUUAUUCUUCUUUUACGUUCAUAUCACACGAUUUAUUCUUUUACGUUCAUAUCACACGCUUUAUUCUUCUUCUUACAUAUCACGCUUUAUUCUUCUUCCGUUCACAUCACAAGGUUUAUAUUUACGUUCAUAUCUCACAAAUUCUUACGUUCAUAUCUCACAAAUUCUUCAUACGUUCAUAUUUCAAACAUUAUUCUCAUUCUUACAUUCAUAUCAAAUUGUUCAUUCAUGUUACUUUCAUAUCACACACUUUAUGCAGCUUCUUACGUUUAUAUCACACCCUUUAUUCUCCUUAGGUUAAUAUCGCAUGCUUUCUUAUUAUUAUUACGUUCGUAUCACAUGUUGUAUCCUGCUUUUACGCUCAUAUCAGAAGCUUUAAUCUUCUUACAUCCAUAUCUCACGCUUUAUUCUUCUUACGUUCAUAUCACACGCUUUAUGCUUCUUCUUACGUUCAUAUCUCACACUUUAUUCUUCAUCUUACGUUCAUAUCACGCGCUUUUUUCUUACAUUCAUAUCACAAGCUUUAUUUUUACGUCUUCUUACUUUCAUAUCACACGUUAUCUUCUUUUUACGUUCAUAUCACAAGGUUUAUACUUACGUUCAUAUCACACGCAUUAUUCUUCUUCUUACGUUGAUAUUUCACGCUUUAUUCACCUUCCUACAUUCAUAUCACACGGUUUGUUUUCAUUGUUACGUCCAUUACACACCAUUUAUUCUUUUUUCUUUAAUAUCUCACGUUUUAUUCUUCUUAAGUUCAUAUCACGCUGUUUUUUUUUCUUACGCUCAUAUCUCACGCAUUAUUCUUCAUAUUACGUUCACAUCGCACGGUUUAUUCUUACGUUCAUAUCACUCGCUUUAUUCUUCUUAAGUUCAUAUUACGCCGUUUAUUCUUCUUCUUACGUUCAUAUCUCACGCUUUAUUCUUCUUACGUUCAUAUCUCACGCUUUAUUCUUCUUCUUACGUUCAUAUCACAUGGCUUAUUUUUACGUUCAUAUCACUCGCUUUAUUCUUCUUAAUAUUACGCCGUUUAUUUUUCUUCUUACGUUCAUAUCUCAUUCUUUAUUCUUCUUACGUUCAUAUCAUAUGGCUUAUUUUUACGUUCAUAUCACUCGCUUUAUUCUUCUUAAGUUCAUAUUACGCCGUUUAUUCUUCUUCUUACGUUCAUAUCUCACGCUUUAUUCUUCUUACGUUCAUAUCUCAUUCUUUAUUCUUCUUCUUACGUUCAUAUCACAUGGCUUAUUUUACGUUCAUAUCACUCGGUUUAUUCUUCUUUUAUUACGUGUUUAUUUUUCUUCUUACGUUCAUAUCUCUAUUCUUUAUUCUUCUUACUCAAUUCUUCUUAAGUUCAUAAACGCCGUUUAUUCUUCUUCUUACGUUUAUAUCUCACGCUUUAUUCUUCUUACGUUCAUAUCUCACGCUUUAUUCUUCUUCUUAAAUCAAUGCCUUUUUUUACGUUCAUAUCAACCUUUAUUCUUCUUAAGUUCAUAUUACGGUUUAUUCUUCUUCUUACGUUCAUUUUUAUUCUUCUUACGUUCAUAUCUCAUUCUUUUUAUUCUUCUUCUUACGUUCAUAUCACAUGGCUUAUUUUUUACGUUCAUAUCACUCCUUUAUUCUUUUCAUAUUACGCUGUUUAUUUUUUCUUCUUACGUUCAUAUCACGCUAUCUUCUUACAUUCAUAUCUCACGCUUUAUUCUUCUUCUUACGUUCAUAUCAAAAUUUUUUUACGUUCAUAUCACUCCUUUAUUCUUCUUAAAAAUUCAUAUUACGCCGUUUAUUCUUCUUCUUACUUCAUAUUACGCCGUUUAUUCUUCUUCUUACGUUCAUAUCUCACGCUUUAUUCUUCUUAUGUUCAUAUCUCAUUUUUAUUCCUCUUCUUACGUUCAUAUCACAUGGCUUAUUUUUACGUUCAUAUCACUCGCUUUAUUCUUCUUCAUAUUACGCUGUUUAUUUUUCUUCUUACGUUCAUAUCUCACGCUAUCUUCUUACAUUCAUAUCUCACGCUUUAUUCUUCUUCUUACGUUCAUAUCACAUAGUUCAUAUCAUCGCUUUAUUCUUCUUAAGUUCAUAUUACGCCGUUUAUUCUUCUUCUUACGUUCAUAUCUCGCGCUGUAUUCUUCUUACGUUCAUAUCUCACGCUUUAUUCUUCUUCUUGUUCAUAUCAAAUGGCUUAUUUUACGUUCCUCCUCCUUUAUUUUUCUUAAGUUCAUAUUACGCCGUUUAUUCUUCGUCUUAAGUUCAAAUCUCACGCUUUAUUCUUCUUACGUCAUAUCUCAUUCUUUAUUCUUCUUCUUACGUUCAUAUCACAUGGCUUAUUUUUACGUUCAUAAAACUUUAUUCUUCUUCAUAUUACGCUGUUUAUUUUUCUUCUUACGUUCAUAUCUCACGCUAUCCUUACAUUCAUAUCUCACGCUUUAUUCUUCUUCUUACGUUCAUAUCACAUGGCUUAUUUUUACGUUCAUAUCACUCGCUUUAUUCCUCUUAAGUUCAUAUUACGCCGUUUAUUCUUCUUCUUACGUUCAUAUCUCACGCUUUAUUCUUCUUACGUUCAUAUCUCACGCUUUAUUCUUCUUCUUACGUUCAUAUCACAUGGCUUAUUUUUACGCUUUAUUUUUCUUACGUUCAUAUCUCAUUCUUUAUUCUUCUUCUUGUUCAUAUCCACAAUUUUACGUUCAUAUCACUCGCUUUAUUCUUCUUAAGUUCAUAUUAUUUUAUUCUUCUUCUUCGUUCAUAUCUCACGCUUUAUUCUUCUUACGUUCAUAUCUCACGCUUUAUUCUUCUUACUUCAUAUUACGCCGUUUAUUCUCCUUCUUACGUUCAUAUCUCACGCUUUAUUUUUUCUUACGUUCAUAUCUCACGCUUUAUUCUUCUUCUUACGUUCAUAUCACAUGGCUUAUUUUUACGUUCAUAUCACUCGCUUUAUUCUUCUUAAGUUCAUAUUACGCCGUUUAUUCUUCUUCUUACGUUCAUAUCUCACGCUUUAUUCUUCUUACGUUCAUAUCUCAUUCUUUAUUCUUCUUCUUACGUUCAUAUCACAUGGCUUAUUUUUACGUUCAUAUCACUCGCUUUAUUCUUCUUCAUAUUACGCUGUUUAUUUUUCUUCUUACGUUCAUAUCUCACGCUUUAUUCUUCUUACGUUCAUAUCACAUUCAUAUUACGGCGUUUAUUCUUCUUCUUACGUUCAUAUCUCAAUUCUUCUUACGUUCAUAUCUCACGCUUCAUUCUUCUUCUUACGUUCAUAUCACAUGGCUUAUUUUUGGUUCAUAUCAACCUUUAUUCUUCUUCAUAUUAAAAAUUUUUCUUUCUUACGUUCAUAUCUCACGCUAUCUUCUUACAUUCAUAUCUCACGGUUUAUUCUUCUUCUUACUUCAUAUUACGCCGUUUAUUCUUCUUCUGUUCAUAUCUCACGCUUUAUUCUUCUUACGUUCAUAUCUCGCUUUAUUCUUCUUCUUACGUUCAUAUCACAUGGCUUAUUUUUACGUUCAUAUCCUCGCUUUUAUUCUUCUUAAGUUCAUAUUACGCCGUUUAUUCUUCUUCUUACGUUCAUAUCUCACGCUUUAUUCUUCUUACGUUCCAUCUCAUUCUUUAUUCUUCUUCUUACGUUCAUAUCACAUGGCUUAUUUUUACGUUCAUAUCAACGCUUUAUUCUUCUUCAUAUUACGCUGUUUAUUUUCUUCUUACGUUCAUAUCUCAUUCUUUAUUCUUCUUACGUUCAUAUCUCACGCUUUAUUCUUCUUCUUACGUUCAUAUCACAUGGCUUAUUUUUACGUUCAUAUCACUCGCUUUAUUCUUCUUAAGUUCAUAUUACGCCGUUUAUUCUUCUUCUUACGUUUAUAUCUCCCGCUUUAUUCUUCAUACGUUCAUAUCUCACGCUUUGUUCUUCUUAUGUUCAUAUCACACGGUUUAUUCUCCUUUUUAUGUUCAUAUCUCACUCUUUAUUCUUAA